CCCUAAUUGUUCCCACCACGCACCCCCCCGGCCCCCGAAAAUCAAAAUUCUUCUCUCUGUUUUACAAAUUGAAUUUAGCGGCAUAUAAAUCAGAAAAGACACCCAUAUUACCCACCAUAUUUGACGUUUCAAAUCUAUUGAUAGUAGUUUCUUUUUACAUUUUUCUCAUUUCCGUGCUUAUUUCUUUUGUACCCUGUUUCUGGAAACCAAUUCUUUCUAUUACUUUGAAUUUGAAUUUUGCACACCCAUUUUAUCCGAUCUCUCCUUUACGGGGUGUGGGUGACAAGCAAAAAUAAAAAUAAAAUAAUUGCAGGGAAAUGGCUAAUAGAAUUGAUCAAGAGUAUGAUUAUAUAUUCAAGAUCGUAUUGAUUGGGGAUUCGGGUGUUGGGAAAUCCAACAUUUUGUCCAGAUUUACGAGAAAUGAGUUCUGUUUGGAGUCCAAAUCCACCAUUGGAGUUGAGUUUGCCACCAAAAAUCUUCAGAUAGAAGGAAAGACGGUGAAGGCCCAAAUAUGGGACACGGCAGGCCAGGAGAGGUAUCGAGCCAUUACCAGUGCUUACUACAGAGGGGCUGUAGGCGCACUCCUUGUUUAUGACAUAACCAAGAGACAAACCUUUGACAACAUCCAAAGGUGGCUUCGGGAAUUGAGACAACACGCAGACUCUAACAUUGUAAUCAUGAUGGCCGGAAACAAAUCCGAUCUUAACCAUCUAAGAGCAGUUGCGGAUAAUGAUGGUCAAACUUUGGCUGAAACGGAAGGACUUUCAUUCCUUGAAACAUCUGCACUUGAGGCAUAUAAUGUCGACAAGGCUUUCCAGUCUAUUUUGACUGAAAUAUACCACAUCGUCAGCAAGAAGGCAUUGGUAGCCCAGGAUGCAGCAGCUGCCACUGCACUUCCCGGCCAGGGUAUGACAAUCAAUGUCAAUGAUUCACAUGGGAAUACCAAGAGGGGCGGCUGCUGUUCUACUUGAGUCAAAUGUUCUUGGGAGGAUCUCAAAAUUGGUAACAAAACUCGAACUUAUGUUCCUAGUUUUCAAUUUUUUAAUUUUUUUUGUCUUCCAGGGCAAGAGAGUCUUGUGAAUACUUUCUUACUGUAUUGUGGCAGGAAAAGGAUAUGUUUACUGGUUUAGGAAGCUUAGUCUCUCGUUAUGGAUUGUGUUUUCUGGUUCACCAUUUUUCUUGUAAUAAAAAGACGUACUGAAUUCUUUGCCAUAAAUCAAAUUUAACUAUUCUUA